GGGUGGCCAUGUUGCUCCGAUAAAGCGGGAGGGGCGGCGGCGGCGGGCACGCAGAUGCCGCUGGCUGCGCGCGGGCCGGGCGCGAGCAGGGCGCAGCCGCGAGGGAGGCGCGGGGGAGGCGAGCGGAGCCUGAGCGCUGGCGGCGGCCGGAGUCGGCGGAGAGCACCCGGGCGCAGCCGGAGCGGGAGCCGCAGCCGCGAUGGCCGUGGCCGUGGGGAGACCGUCCAAUGAAGAGCUACGGAACUUGUCACUCUCUGGCCAUGUUGGAUUUGACAGUCUUCCCGACCAACUGGUCAACAAGUCUACUUCUCAAGGAUUCUGUUUCAACAUCCUGUGUGUUGGCGAAACAGGCAUCGGCAAAUCCACGUUAAUGGACACUUUGUUUAACACCAAAUUCGAAAGUGACCCAGCUACUCACAAUGAACCAGGUGUCCGGUUAAAAGCCAGAAGCUACGAGCUUCAGGAAAGCAACGUGCGCCUGAAGUUAACCAUCGUUGACACCGUGGGAUUUGGAGACCAGAUAAAUAAAGAUGACAGCUAUAAGCCCAUAGUGGAGUAUAUCGAUGCCCAGUUCGAGGCCUACCUGCAAGAGGAAUUGAAGAUUAAACGUUCUCUCUUCAACUACCAUGACACCAGGAUCCACGCCUGCCUGUACUUCAUCGCCCCCACCGGGCACUCGCUGAAGUCCCUGGACCUGGUCACCAUGAAGAAGCUGGACAGUAAGGUGAACAUCAUCCCAAUAAUUGCAAAAGCGGACACCAUUGCCAAGAACGAACUGCACAAAUUCAAGAGUAAGAUCAUGAGCGAGCUCGUCAGCAAUGGGGUCCAGAUAUAUCAGUUUCCCACCGACGAAGAAACCGUGGCGGAGAUUAAUGCGACGAUGAGCGUCCAUCUCCCGUUCGCGGUGGUUGGCAGCACCGAGGAGGUCAAGGUCGGCAACAAGAUGGCCAAGGCCAGGCAGUACCCCUGGGGCGUGGUGCAGGUUGAGAAUGAAAACCACUGCGAUUUCGUGAAACUUCGAGAGAUGCUGAUCCGCGUCAACAUGGAGGACUUGCGAGAACAGACUCACACCCACCAUUAUGAAUUGUAUCGACGCUGUAAGCUCGAGGAGAUGGGCUUCAAGGACACUGACCCUGACAGCAAGCCCUUCAGUCUUCAGGAGACAUACGAAGCAAAACGGAAUGAAUUCCUAGGAGAACUGCAGAAGAAAGAAGAAGAAAUGAGACAGAUGUUCGUUAUGAGAGUGAAGGAGAAAGAAGCUGAACUUAAAGAGGCGGAGAAAGAACUGCAUGAGAAGUUCGACCUCCUAAAGCGGACACACCAGGAAGAGAAGAAGAAGGUAGAGGACAAGAAGAAGGAGCUUGAGGAGGAGGUGAACAGUUUCCAGAAGAAGAAGGCAGCAGCUCAGCUACUGCAGUCCCAGGCCCAGCAGUCCGGGGCCCAGCAAACCAAGAAAGACAAGGAUAAGAAAAAUGCAAGCUUCACAUAAAGCCUGGCAAGCCAAGGAUGUUCCCGCAUUCACCUGCUUUUGCAGUACUAUUGUAUCUCUGCCAUCUGUGUCCUUGAGUUGUGUUUUUGUUUGUUUGGUUUUUUUUUUUACCCUUCCCCAAACACCAAUAACGAUUAACUCAUUUUGCUGAAUGUUGUUGGGGGGUGGAAAAUGAUAGAACAAGGGAAUAACAGCAAAAGCUCUGUGCGGCUGGACUUUGUUUCUGGAAAGUAAAUGAUCGGCCUUUUAUGCCUGUUCUGAAUGGCGGCAGGAAGCGGGCCUGUCACUUGUAUGUCGCUUUGGACUGAGGAAAGUGGGGUAAACUGCUGCCUGUACAUCUGACGUGAAAACUUCUCACCGCCUCAGCAGCUGAACUAAAAACCUGAAUAGCCAUGACAGCAGCUUGCAUUUCCUUGAUUUCAUCUCCGUGAUCGCACGGUGCCCUAAACUCGCUGCCUUUGCCCCCCACUUGCCCCAAGCCAAGGUAGAUUUGUACGUAGACAGAAUGGUGGGUAAGCAUUAUAUGAGAUUUUUACGCUUGCAUGAAAUGUUCAUUUUAAUCAAUAACAUUUGGCCUGAGAUCGUGGGUCUGUUCAGACUGUCCCCUCUGAAGGCUGGAAACUGCAUCUGAACAGCGACCUUCAAAUACCGGCCAAGCUGGUGUCGUCUGGUACAAGAAAACUAUGAUUAUGUUCACAUUUACUGGUGUAUCCUCGGUCCUCUCACAGACAGAUCUCAAAGGUUGGAUCAUACAACAUUCUUUAGUAGAAGAAUCUUCUACUAAGGAUAAUGGGCUUUCCACAACCUACUUACUAUUUAAAAUAAAAAAUCUUCGAUGAACACAUCUAAAUUUGCUCUCAGUGGGCUGAGGGGAGGACCUAAUGACUGCUCUCGGUACUUCUAAUAAAGCUUUUCACUAAUCAAGAGGAGAAAAUUUGCACAAACACUGCACAUAGAAAAUUUGCUGUAAACUGUGUCAUCCGCAGCACACAUUUGAAGAGUCCUUGUCAAUUUAAGAUGGAAAUGGGAAGGAACAACACAACCAAUGAGUCAAGAAACUAGAAAUUUUUCACAUCCAGCUUCCUUGUUUAGUCUCCUUUCAAUAUUUGGCAAUCAAAAGAAGAAAUA